AUGUCAGAGGAAUUUAUUGCAGCUUCCACUUUGGCUAAAAACCUGGAAUUUGCCAAAGGUAAUGAGUUCCAUACUAUAUUGGCGACUUUGAGAUCACCAGUUUAUAUCAAUGAACAGCUAUUAAAAUCUGAAUUGGGCUUCCUUGUUACAAAAAUUCUGAAACUAAUCAGAUCAAGCAAUGACUUUGAUCUUUGGAAAGGGUGUCAUACCUCUGUUGUGAUUUGCGCUUAUAAUCCACUAGUUUUAUCAACUCAUGGUGGUCAAUUGCUUGCUGCUAUUUAUUCCAGGCUAGAACAGAAAACAGGUUUUUACUCUUCCGUUACUUCUUCGUCGCAUGGAAAACAGUUAUUUAAUACUCUGAUUUCCUCUAUGGCAAUUAUCAUGGACUUAAUGAAGAAUAAACCUACAUUAUCAAGAGAAGCAUUGGUUCCCAAAUUAAAGGCCAUUAUUCCGACGUUGAUUACCUUGUCUCAAUACGAGUCCGAACAUGUUUUGCCAGUGCUACAAAGAAUAUUGAAGAGAAACACUACAACAUUCAAGCCAUUCAUUAAUAAAUUUCGCACUGUGUUAAUAAAUUUAAUCAUAUCGGAUUAUGCUUCGUUGGGCUCUAAGACGCAGAGGCUUGUUUGUGAGAAUUUUGCUUAUUUGCAUUUGCUAAAAAUUCAAGUUAGCAAUACAAACGAUGACGAAAAUCAAGCACAUCACAAAGUUUAUGCUGAUUCUAAUUGGAGAACAGGGUUAUUGUCCAUCUUAUCACAAUUCAAGCCUAUUAUUCAAUUAUGUGGAGAAAUCUUGGAUUUUGAACAAGAUGUUGAGCUGUAUAAAUUAAUCAAAGGUUUACCGGUAAUCGACGAAUCCAACGAUAAAGAGGAAUUUUUACCUGCAUUGAAAUUAGAUUUCAACGCCCCUUUAACGUUGUGGGAAAUCCCACAACGUUUUUCUUUAUUGGUCGACAUGCUUGUUGCAUUCAUCUCUUUGCCAACUCCCUUUCCCAUCCGAGUCCCGCUGGGUGGUAUCAAUUCCCUUUGCGAAGUUUUGUUAGGAGUUAGCAACAAAUAUUUACCUUUAAAGAAAGAAUUACGUCGUGAUAAUGAACUAAAUGGGGUUAUCAAUAGCAUCUUACCUCAAAUACAAUUCCAAGGUAUUAGAUUAUGGGAAACCAUGGUUUCAAAAUAUGGCAAAUGUGGUUUAUCAUUCUUCGAAGGAAUCCUUUCUUCCGUUGAACUUUUCAUUCCGCUAAAAAAGAAGAGUAAUAACGAAAUUGAUUUUGAUGUUGUUGGAUCGUUGAAGUUUGAGUUUGCUACUGUUUUCAGAUUAAUGAAUAUGAUUAUGUCCCAUUUAGGCCACCAACUGAGCACAAUCAGCGUCAUAUCUCAGUUAAUUGACGUGGCGUUGUUCUUAUCUCGUGAUAAAACAUUGAUUGAUUCUCUAUUCAAAAAUCGUAAAAGUGUCAUGAAACAACAGAUUAAAACAAAACAAUCUAAGAAGAACAAAAGCGCUGAAGGCGCAUAUUCUGAUAUUUAUACCCAUCCAGAACUAUUUGUGUGCAAAGAUUCCAUGAAUUGGUUCAAUGAAAUCAAUGAGUUUUUUAUUACUGCAUUAAACAAUUGGAUCUUGCCUUCAACUCCACAUAUUCAAAUUUUGAAAUAUAGUAUCACACAAUCUUUAAGAUUGAAGGAAAAGUUUGGUUGUAUCCCGGAAAGCUUUGUCAAUCUCCUGCGUUGUGAAGUUCUUCAUCCAGGUAAUGAACGUGUUUCAAUUUUACCAAUUGCGAUUUCGCUACUAAAAAAUACCAGUGAUGAUAUGUUUGAAUUACUGUGCCAUCCAAAAGUACCAGUUGGUAUGGUAUACCAGUUGCAAAAACCUUUGUGCUUGGGCGAAGAGGAGGAGGUUAGGGAAGGUAUUAGCGAGAGAGAGGUCAAGACAAACGAAUCAUACUCACACGGAAAUACUGACCUGAAGACUUUAAAAGCGUUAGAAAAUUUGGAAAACGUUACAAUUCCUGAACCCGAACGCACGGUUCCGAAGGUCAUCGAUGACACCGCCAUCUUCAAGAAGAGAUCAGUAGAAGAAAUCAUUGAAAAAGAAACCGCAUCUUCACCCAAGAAAGUAAAAGUCGUGGAAGAAACAACCGUGGAAAACGGCAAAGAAUUGAUUGUGGAAAAAGCUGUGAGUCAAAUUAAGGAAGAACAGAAGUCAGUGAAGGAUAGUGAAGAUGAAGAACAGGAGGAGUUUGAAAUUCCCGCCAUCGAAUUAAGUGAUGACGAAGAGGAGGAGGAAGAAUAA